AUGCCAGCGGAUUCGAAUGCAAAUGAAACCAGCAAAAGCAGAAAGAAUCGCCAGCGAAGGCGUGGUUCUCGGAAGCGUGCGAGGUCUCAAGACCAGACAACAGCUGAAUCCAGCAAUGGUUCACAUCCACCUCAAUCUGCUGUAGAUUCGAUCGAAAAGGAUGAUAGGAAACCCAUCCAACAUGAUCGAAAGCCUAAAUCUAUAGUGACGGGUACGCAUAUGAAACCUCCUGGUCAAAACCAGAAAUAUAGGCGACCGAGGAGGAAGAAUAAGCCUAGAAAAGGUGGAUGCAACAGCCAUCACAACAUCGAUGCUAGCAGGGGCAUAGAAAAUGGCGACAUUCAUGACGACAAGUCAUGUGCGCAAAGGGUGAACCAAGGCCAAAAUCAAAAUCAAAACAGUAACAAAGCAAAACACGUCGAUAUUGAUAUGAACGACGACGACCUCCAGGUUCUAUGUUGGAGCAGCCCAUCUGACUUUGUUCCUGUUCAAAGCGAAGAGGCAAUGGUGAAAGUCAUGUUGCCAAGGGGCAAGCGUGAGAGGGGAAUGAUGCGAAAUUACUUGUUCCGACUCAAGGAAAUAAAGCAAGCAUUGAAAUCAGCUCAUGGGAUGACUUUGAAACAGGCUCUGUCGCUACGGAGACUCCACAUCAAGAACUUCAAUCCAACAAUGACAAUGUCUGGCUUGGGGCUCGGGGAGGACGAGGAUAUACUAAAGUCAGCGAACAUAUUUGAAGAGUGCGUUCAGGAAUUUCUUGACCAGAAUGCAGUGCAGUAUUGGACCGAGAAAGAGCAAAGAGAGAGGGCCAAAGAGUACGGAAUGGAAGGGCCAAGGGGAACCCCAGAUUUCCUACUACGGGGGCAAGUAAUGCUGCGAAAAGUGAGAGGAAAUGGUGAUACUAUACUGGAAGAACGGAAGAUAAAUUGGGUGGAAUGCAAGAUGUUCUAUGGUGCAUCGACGAUAUCACAAGGGGGGCGUGGAGCUAUUGGCAGCCUCGUUUCGAAAAUGUCCAGUUACGUUAGCUUAUUUGGAGAAGGAGCCAUUGUAUUCAUGAACGGUUGCGGUGAUUCCUUAGCAUUGGAGUUGAGAGGCGUCGGUGUUACAGUUUUAGAUUGUGUGGGAACAGUCAAGCUAGGGAGGGUACUAGAGCACCAGAAGGCUUGGUGUGCUUCACGGGAUGGUCAGAUUCUUAACUAG